ACUUUACCACCAUCUCGUUCCCGCCUUCUCCAGGGACUGCCCUUCAACUUCUGAUUGCAAUCUGGAGUGUGCAUCUGGCUAUCCGUAAAAUGUUAACAUAAGAAAUAGUGCCGUCUGGUUUGUUUAAUAUGAAUUUUAAAUGAUUUAUACUUUUACUUUUGAUACUUAAGUACAUUUAAAAACCAAAUACGUUUAGAAGUUGUAUUUUAACGGGCGAAUUUGACUUUUACUUGAGUCAUUUUCUAUUAAAGGUAUCUUUACUUUUACUCAAGCAUGAUAAUUGUGUACUUCUUCCACCACUUGAGGAAUGUCCACUGCUUGGUAGCCUUGCAACUCCCUGUCCGCGCACCUGGUCACACACAAGUCAGUAAAUGUGUGCAUCAUUUGCAUCCGGGCAUUCUGUCGAGAUGGUCAUGGCGGAGGGUACUGCAGUUCUGCGGAGGAAUCGGCCUGGAACCAAGGCGAAGGAUUUCUACAACUGGCCAGAUGAAUCCUUUGAAGAGAUGGACAGCACGCUGGCUGUACAACAGUACAUUCAGCAGAACAUCCGGUCAGACUGCUCCGGUAUCGAUAAGAUCCUGGAGCCACCAGAGGGACAGGACGAAGGGGUGUGGAAGUACGAGCACCUCCGGCAAUUUUGUCUGGAGCUGAAUGGACUCGCUGUGAAACUGCAGAGCGAGUGCCACCCAGACACCUGCACCCAGAUGACAGCCACAGAACAGUGGAUAUUCCUGUGUGCUGCACACAAGACCCCCAAAGAGUGCCCUGCCAUUGACUACACCAGGCACACGCUGGACGGAGCUGCCUGCCUUCUCAACAGCAACAAGUAUUUUCCCAGCCGUGUGAGCAUCAAGGAGUCCUCAGUGGCCAAGCUGGGUUCUGUGUGUCGCCGGAUCUAUAGGAUAUUCUCCCAUGCUUACUUCCACCAUCGGCAGAUAUUUGACAAGUAUGAGAACGAGACCUUUCUGUGCCAUCGGUUCACGCGCUUCGUGAUGAAGUACAACCUGAUGUCCAAGGACAACCUGAUUGUUCCUAUCCUGGAGGAGGAGGUCCAGAACACCUCAGCUGGGGAGAGCGAGGCCUGAGAGGAGAGCUGCACACAGGAGACCAGAUGUGAGUUCAAAUACUAGUAUUCAAAUACUGCUUGAUUGAGCUUGCCUGUUGCAAUGAAACCAAUGAGAGUCCCACAAGGCAAAUCCCACCCACCUGGUACUCCAGGCAGGCUAAAGCAAACACUCAAAGUAUUUGAAGAGAUUUCAGAUAGUAUUUGAACCCAUGUCUGAUGCAGCUACACACUAGCCAGACUCACUACUCUGUGGGGAAUGUUACUUUAACCUUUUGAGCAGCUAGAUUUACAAAACAUACAUUUUAACCAUAAUGUGUUGAUGGCAAAGGCACACCCUUAUGGGCUCCCUGUAUAUAACCCCUGCUGUCCCACCCCCCACUAUCAUGUGUUUGCUGGUGCUUUGCUUUCUCCGCGUUGCUUUUGUUCUCUCUCAUUGAAUUCCAAAUAGACUCCUUGCCACUCCUGUAGAUCUGAGGCUUGGAUAGCUGGAAGAAUAUGCAGACAUUUCCAGGAAACCCAUUUGGAGGCAAGAUGAAGCUAUGACCAUAAUGCUUCUCUGUAUCCAAUCUUCUCUAGUUUACAGGUGUACCUAGGGUUUAGAGAGGCUAGGGGUCCAUUUGUGGUUCAGAAGCCCUCUGCUUCUGUUGCUCUGAGUACACACCGCUCUCAUCAUUAAGUUAUUUUGUGGGAGGAGUCUUGUCUAUCCACCCCUUUUUAUUUUCCUUUAAAUAAUUACAUUUUGUUACUGUCGACAUUUGUCUUAAUAAAAAAAGACUAUUACCCUGUU